CAACAUUGUGUAAUUUCUUUAAUGUUUAAUAUAUCCAGUAUUAAUAGCUUUUAUUGCUGAAAUCGUUACAGAACUGUACAUAUAUUUUCACGAUAAAAAUAAGUAAUAUCAAUUAACUAUAAUAAGAAAGAGAUCUUAAGGUUACAUUUCAACAAAUCAUCAUAAUAGGAUGUCGACGGAUUUUUAUAUACGAUAUUACGUAGGUCAUAAAGGAAAAUUCGGUCAUGAAUUUCUCGAGUUUGAAUUUAGACCUGAUGGUAAACUACGAUAUGCGAAUAAUUCAAAUUACAAGAAUGAUACAAUGAUUCGAAAAGAAGCCUAUGUACAUCAGUGCGUGAUGGAAGAACUAAAGAGGAUUAUUCAAGAUUCUGAAAUUAUGCAGGAAGACGAUUCUUUGUGGCCACAACCAGAUCGCGUUGGACGGCAAGAAUUAGAGAUUGUAAUUGGCGAUGAACAUAUUUCGUUCACGACUUCGAAAACUGGUUCUUUAUUAGAUGUAAAUCAAUCACGGGAUCCAGAAGGACUAAGAUGCUUCUAUUAUCUCGUACAAGACUUGAAAUGCUUAGUAUUUUCUCUCAUUGGACUACACUUUAAAAUAAAACCUAUAUAAAUAUAUAUAAUUAUUGUACAAUGUAUUUAAAGUUUAAGUAACUUUAAUUACUUCAUUGUGUUAAGAAAUAUAUAAUAAUUUUAAAUUAA